CUGUAGUAGUAUUGCUGCUGUGCGAAUGUGCGUACAGGUGCAGUGCGCCGUGUAUUGUGAACACUUGAUGAAUAACUAUAUUAAAUCAGCAAAACAAUACAGACCUGGCUUGUGUACAGAGGAGGUGUAUGUGUUCCUCACUGCAACUUGUAUUUCAAAAACUGUUUUUAUAAUUCGUUUCAAACAUUUCGUGAGCUCUCGAUUUUACGGAAAACGGAGAAUUUAAGCUGGGAGAAAGGCGACAUGUUGGCGGUCAUGUCCGGGGUCAAGAGGGAGCGCCCACCCACGCCUGCGUCCCCUACCUCCCAUGCCCCUGCGCCCCGAACCCCCACGGGCACGCCACCCACCCCUCCGUCACCCCCUCCGGCCCCCUCACAGGAGCCUCUGAACUUUUCUCGUCCGAAGCCCCCCUCGUCGCCCCCCGAGCUGGCUCCCCCUCCGACGAGCCUUCACGCCCGCCUGGGCUUAGAGAUGGCUAGGGCGGGGCUCGGCGGGGCCGGAGGAGGACGCCUGGGCAUGUUAGGUGGGCAUCACGGCCGAGUGGGCGGCCUUGUCCCUCCCCUCCUGCCUGCCUCGUCGCUGUUCCCCCAUUUGAACUUUGGCCUCGGCCACGACGACGGCGAGGAGCGGGGCCUGAAGCGGCCGCUGGAGGAGGAGCUCGAGCCUCACCAUCUUGACCUUUCGCCCUUCGAGGCUCACCACCAACGCCCGAUCACCCUCCAGCCCCCGCACCUCGAGGAGCCCCGCCGGAAGCAACGCCGAUAUCGAACCACCUUCACUACGUACCAGCUAGAGGAAAUGGAGAAGGUGUUCCUCAAGACGCAAUACCCAGACGUCGUCACAAGAGAAGAAUUGGCCAUGAAAAUAGGCCUAACAGAAGCAAGGAUCCAAGUAUGGUUCCAGAAUCGCCGGGCGAAAUGGAGGAAGCAAGAAAAAGGUCUUACGGCCGCGGGUGGAAGCGCCUCAAUGACGUCGCCCUACUCCUCUUUGGCUUCUAAGCUGUCCGCCUUCCCGGGUUACGCUCGCCCUCCUACGACCAAGACGCACGACCCUCGCUUUCCAUCUCUCCUCUAUUCUCACGCUUCCUCUUCCACUUCCUCUACGCCUUCGCCAUCUGCUUCCACCUCUUCUUCCUCCACUUCUUCCUCUUCAGCAGCCGCAGCCGCCCAAGCCGUGUUUCAGCCACUGCUGCCGUUGAUGAGGGAUCCUCGUGCUUCCGCUGCAGCUGCUUACAGGUAUCCUCUUCUGGGGCACCUGGGAAGCCCUCUCUUGUAUCCCCCAUCGUUCCACGCGCUCUUGGCCCAGCUGUCCGCUCACCACAAGGCUGAGACCGCACAAGAAGGUCUCCACCAAAAGACUGAGAGCUCCCCUGAUGACGUCCACGUGACUACAGGCCACACAGGACCAUCUGAUUCUGAACGUCACGAAGCCCUUUCCAAGAGGGGUGACCAUCACGCAUUGGCAGAGUCCCAAGGCAGGAAAAUGAAGGAAAAGGAGGAGGAGGGAGAGGAAGACGAAGAGAAGGACGAAGUGGCAGAAGAGGUGAGGCAGACAGAAGAAGUGAGUGUCCAGGGACGCGAAAGUCCAGGAAGAGGAGGAGGUUUUGCGGGUCAGGAUCCUAAAACUUCUGAAGUGCCGCGCCCUCCUCUGGAUGUAAAAUCCUUAGUAACGCUGCGCGCCCUUGACCAGUACCGCACACUGGACUUGCGCGCCCUCGAGGAAUACCGACGGGCCUUGGAACUACGCACACUUGAGGCCCGCGCAGCUCAGUACGGACCGCACAUGCAGCAGGAGGCCCCAAGCCAUCAGCCGUCCGGAAGGUCCACACCCUCGCCCGGCCCCUCGCCCUCCACCCACACGCCCCCCGAAUCCCCGGCGUGCAACGAAGAGACGCUCUUCGGGAAGCGUCCUGAGUAUAACAUCGAUUCGUUGUUGAAGAAGGAGGCAUAAUUGCAACAAGAGAAUACGACCAUACAACUGCAGGAAAAAAAAGGAAAAAGGAAAAACUACCUCCGCUAUGUAAUAUUUUGCUUAGAAAUUACUAUUUAUUUGUCUACAUUUGUUAUCAUUAAUGGUAGUAGUGUGUAAAUGCAUGAAUUCUUCCGUCACAUAUUUUCUUUCUAAAGCUCAUCUUCAAAUGUGUAUAUCCAAAGAAACAUCUCAGGGUCUUACACAGUCGUCUUUUUUAUUUAUAUUUUUCAUUAGUCUUUUUCUUCUCCAGCCUGUGCAGAGCAAAGUAUACGAAUUCAAGAAAGCAUGCCCGUGAAGAGGCAACUCAGGGAGUGUAACACAUGAGUAAAAAGAGGAAUUUUCUGUGCAUAUAUUCAAAGACCAGCAAUCGUAUCUUUAAACCUAGUAGAAACUAAAGAUUUUUCUCUGUAUAAUGACAAAAUUGUAAUCUGUUCUGGAUAACUUAAAACCAGUAAUACCAUAGACUGUUGCUUUUAUUUCAUCUAUCGUUGUAAUUCUAGCUUUAGGACUCUGUUGAUAUUGGUAAACUACAGAUGACUUGAAGUACGUACAUUAUAUUAGUGAUUAUCUGUUCGUGGAAUUAGUUUCUGUAUGUUAUUCGUGGUUAUAAUUUGUUGCUUAAAUUGUUGUUUGUACAUGCUUCUUAGUUUACAUAUAUUAUUCUCCUUUUUAUAUAAAUUCAAAUAAGAUGAUAGUAAUAUAGCUACUUACCAAAUAUAGUUUAUAAGCAUCCGUUAUUUUCCAUUCAGAGAGAGAAAAAGGCUAAGGUUCAGUAUGCUACAUGUCCCUUAUUUCUGAAGCACACUUAAUCGAUUUCAAUUAAAAUAUGAGUGCUUCUUAAAUGGGCCCAAGACAUUGUUUGACAUUGAUGUGUGUGUGUGUGUGUGUGUGUGUGUGU